AUGUCCGACGACGAGUUUAGCACUGAACUUCGCGGCCCUGGCAACGGCGACAAGCGCGCCCCUCGCUUUAGCUGGACGCCGGCCUACGAGGCCACCUUUUUCCCUUGGGAUCGCGCCGCCGCCGCCCUGCGCGAGCAGCAUGGCGCCUACCCGACCAAAAGCCAUCUAGUCAACAAGUCCGACAAUGCUCGAAAGAAGUUUAGGCUGUGGAGAGGCCUGAGGGAGCACUCGGAUUUCCUGUACAAUCCUGCGACCAGGACCGUCACCGGAACAGACGAUGCAUGGAAGGCCCAUAUUGAGAAAGAACCUCUAUCCCGCGCCCUUCGUGGCCGCACGUUUGAGCAUGAAGAUUAUAUGGAGAUUUUGUAUCCCGACGUCGUAGGCUCGGGAGGUGCCCCAAAGCGCAUCAUGAAGCCCAAGCGCAAGGGCCCGGAUACCCUUCCUGGUUGCGAAGACACGGAUAUGCCCGGAACUGCCCCUGAGUGCGCCUCAGAGACCCGCAAUCCCUCCUCAGCCCAAUGUCUCCAGCCGUCUAGGGCCGCGCCCUACUUCCACCACUCUCCCGCCGCGAACAAACAUUGCCAACACGAGUGCUCUCACCCUCCUGAUGAGACGACCAAUCACACACGCAAGCGCUUUGCUCCUCAGCUGUCCAACUCUGGUGGCAUAACCACCCCAGACCCCAGGCUCUCCACCCACAACACUGCGUCGGCCUUGCAGCAACAGAACAAGAGAAGGCGUAUAUCCUCUCAGACGAGCUACGGGACAUCUACCAACGGAAACAGUGCGGAUGGCGGUGCUGGCUCUGGUGCUGGCGCCAUUGGAGGGAGGGGCCUUCUCGAAGAAGGCGUCCUCUCCCUUGCGGAGCUUCUGAGGGCGAAGGCUCCUCCGCGCUGGCCCGAGCAGGCACUUGAAAUUUUCUUCCGGGACUUCGCAGAAGAGGACAUGGACCUGCAGCUCAAGAUUGCGGAAAAGGCUCUGGCAGACGAGAACAAGGCCAUGGUGUUUUGUAAAAUGCCGCCGGCGGUCAGGAAGCACUGGGUCAAGAGGCUCCGUGAAGUCCACAACCGGGCUCUCUAG